UUUGGUCAGUGCCCAGUGGUAAGCAUUGAUAAACAAAGUCCGUCGUCCAUGUGCUUCACCCAGUUUUCUUUCACAAUAAAUUAUUGAUGUUUGAUUUGUCAAAAUAAUGUCUAUUUCCUUAUUGAGAAAGAGUUUAGAAUUAAGCAGCGCUGAAUCCACUGAUAGGAGUAUUGCAAAACAUCACAAGGCUGGUAAGACGUCAAGAGGGGUGGCCGACGUUAAAAAGAGGAACGUCAAGUUUGUAGAGCAGGUCAGGAAGAAGUUGGUAAAGGAGAAGAAGAAUCAGGAAGACAAUUAUAAAAAGCUCAAUCUCCUCAGGAGGCCGGUCGUACAAGAUUCCCUGGCAAGAAAGAUACUGGAAUAUUCGGUUCGACAGGGGUCUUUGAAAGAAUCUGAGUCCGCUGAAAAUAAAAAGGAAGAGGGUACUGCGUUCACCGAAGAGGACUUUAUUAAUUUUGAAAAGGAGUGCGACUCUUAUGAAUGAACGAUACACUAUUAGGUAUAUUGCUUAUCUCGGUUUUUGGCACGUUGUACCUUAUAUUUACAAUUUGGGUUGUCGUAACGCCGUUUUACCCUGCUCUAGCAUCUUUUUUCCCACCAGUUAGGUAUGUUCUGAUGGUUUGCGGUACUGUAGGUUUGUUCUUUAUUGGGAGCCUUUCUCUUCUUACAUUGUACUCAUUGUGGACCAUAUGAGAUGUGCUGGAAGGUCGUCGGUAUCUGCGGCAUUACGAACAGCGGUAAAACAAGUGUCGCUAAAGCCUUGCAGAAAAAGUUCAAACACUCCGUGCUUAUAAAGCAGGACGAUUAUUUCUUGCCAGUGGAAGAUCCUAGACAUGUGUGGAUACCAGAAAUAGGUCAUAUCAACUGGGAAUUGUUAACUUCGCUCGAUAUGGAUAAGAUGGUGCUGGAUAUAAACAAUGUGCUGAAAAUCGAGCUGAGUGAACUGAGGCUGCUGUUCAUCGAGGGUUUUACAAUCUUUGACGUUCAGAGGAUUUCAGACAUAUGCGAUUACAAGUUUUAUAUAGAUCUAGAUUAUGACAUGUGCAAAGCGAGACGCCUUACUCGGACAUACGACCCACCCGACGUUGAAGGCUAUUUUGACAAAGUCGUCUGGCCCGAAGCUGUCAAAUCAAGAGAUAAAUUAAAAACAAAUGUGAAAAAUGUCAUUUUCUUAAACGGAUCAUUGUCAAUCGAAAGCCUUAUUAAUUCAGUACUCGAUUAUAUUCCUUUUAAACAAUAAUUUUGUUUACAAAAAAAGAAUUUUUUGGUAAUAAACGACUCAUUUUUAAAAAAAAUACUAUCUCAAAAAGUAAAGCAUGACAUAGUAUAUUUCUCAUGUUAGCAUGUUAUUGUUAAUAAUUUAAAUAUAAUUUAUAACAUAAUUGAA